UCUCUGUCUAUUGUCUGUUAUUCCAUCAGUCUGUUUGACGUCAUGGGUUGGCAUUACCGUGGAGCCCUUCUCAUUCUCGCCAAUGGACUGAUACUUGCGUCUACUAUUGUCUUCACCAUGGGCUUUUUCCGUCCCAUAGCCCCCUCAGCAGUGAGAAGAGCACCGGUAGAUAGGAGCGUUCCUUCACGAAGUGCCCCCUUUGAGAGAGUGGUGUUUAUGAUGAUCGAUGCGCUCCGCAGCGACUUUGUUUACAGCCCACAGUCAGAAUUUGCAUUCACGCAGGAACUGAUCCGCUCCGGUGCAGCCAUACCUUUCACUAUGAAAACCGACUCUCCAAGCCUGACUAGGGCAUGUAUAAAGGCCAUGACCGUUGGCUCAGCCUCCAUGUUCUUGGACGUCUUUCACAACGCUGAUGACGGACCCGGCAUACCCGAAACCAUGGAUACGUGGUUAGCGCGAUUGAAAGCUGCUGGAAGGGGACAACUAGUCUUUUAUGGUGACGACACGUGGGUACAGCUAUUUCCCGAGGUCUUCGAUCGAGGAUGUCCUAUCUCACCGUUGUUUGUGCCGGAUAUUCACUCGUCAGACCUGAAUGUGUCCACUAAUGUCAUGAGAGAGCUUCAACGCGAUGAUUGGAGCGCACUGGUCCUUCACUUUCCCGGCAUUGACCACGUUGGCCACAUGGGCGGCGCGGACAGUGAAUUCAUGGCAUCAAAGCAACGUCAAAUGGAUGUUAUCAUCAGAGAGAUUUAUGAAGCUCUCGAAACCGAGGCACAUCUAGACUCCACAAUCUUCGUGGCUGGGGGCGACCAUGGCAUGGAUCGGUGGGGGGGUCAUGGCGGUGCAUCGGAUCCUGAAGUAUCGGCUGCGAUGAUAUUCAUCUCCCCGCAAUUCAAGUUACUCAAUCGGACAUAUGAAUCACCUGCGGUGCCGACGGGUGGUGCCUUUGACUACUACACUGUCAUCCGCCAGGUCGAUGUUGUACCUACCAUGGCAGGGCUGCUGGGUGUUUCCAUACCUUCCGCUAGCAUUGGAGUCUUUGUUCAUGAACUUCUUGACCUAUGGAGCAAUAUCAAAGAUCAAGCCAAUCUUGUUCUUGAGAAUCUCGAUCAUCUCCAAGCGUUAUGCUGCAGGCCUGAUACCGGGAUGGAUGUUUGCCAGACCGACUUUGACAAGCAUCAUGUACCACAGGAGCCGCUCAAUGAAAAGAGCCUAGCAGAGCUUUCCCUGAUGAGCAAACACUUUCAGAAUGCAUUGGACAAUGCGACAGGCGGAAAUAUCCAAGUCUCUGUUCUCCAUUACGGGAUUGCAAUCGCCAUGAUCGCACUCCUACUUGCCUGGGCUACUUGUGAGUCAAUCUCGCCGGUGGAAUGGGACUUCUUGGUGUUGAAUUGCUUUCAAGUUGGCCACGGCGUUGCUUUACUGGUUCCAUAUCUGGUGGAGACCGAGCAUCAUUUUUGGUUUUGGAGCUCUACCGUAUGGAUGGGCUGGGUAGUCUUCACUACCGGCUGCCAUUCCUACGCCGUAGGCCUCCGUAGUUUUACCCCCUUUGUCUUGCAUUUACUGUCGCAGCAGUGGAAUAUCCAUGACUGGAGCUCAUCCGAAAAGGUAUACAGCAUUCAAGGUCUCUUCGAUGGACGUCCCCUUUGUCUCUGGCUUCUGAUUGCAGUGACCUUCCUCCACACCUCCUACACAUUCGCAGCGCAGCGCAGGCAGAACGUCACUCGUGAUGCUGAAGACAACCCACUUCUUGGACUCGCUCACCGAGCAGUACUGCUAGUCAUCUUUGUAUCUAAGUUCGCAUCCGCGGCGCGAAUCCGCCCGGGUCUCAUUGAUCGCGCUCCCGAACGGCUGCAGGGCAUUAUUCUGGAGCAACUUCCCCUUACGCAGAUCGCACAAUUUGUUUUUGUGAGUCUGGCUAUAGGGCUUGGCUACGUUGUCCUGCGCUCUCGCAUCCGGGACGCCUCGCCGAAGAGCGAAAAGGUCCUGAACCUAUACUUGACCAUGCAGACCAUCCCAGCCAGUAUCCCGCUACUUCUCGUUUACCGACUUCAGCUCGAGUGGCUUGUGUCCUCCGCGGCGCACCUCGGGGCCUUUCAAGUUUGCUUCUCCGUCGUCCUAUUCACCCACAGCGCAUUCUUCGCCUUUGGCAAUGCGAACACGAUCGCCGCGCUGCGAUACACCGAGGGAUUUAACGGACUUCAAGCCCACCACUGGCUGCUCAGCCCUGUGCAUACGUUCUGCAGCAAUUACGCUGGUCCAAUCUGGUGGAGUGGGAAUGGAUUACGACUGUUGAUUGCGACCGGCCAAAGAGAACGCAGCAUUUAUACUGGCCUCUUCGAGCACUUGGGACUCCGGACCGUCUUCGUGGCGUAUGGCCUUCUCGGCGCCAUGGGAGCAUGCUACCUCCUGAGGGAGGAGGCCAUCGUUUGGACCGUCAUGGCGCCUAAGUUUCUGUAUACAGUUCUGUGGACGGUGCCCUUUCACCUGUUGUUUAAUAUGAGCAUGCCGGCUGUGCUAUGGAUGGUUGCCCAAUCGUGAGAAAAAGAAUGCACGGUGGAACAGGUUGGCCU